UGCGUUUAAUUCCCACACCCACAGUAAACCCCCCAACAUGGUACCGAUGCGUUGCGCGUGUCCUCCAUCUGAGCCGUUAAACUCCCUCCUUCAUGCCUUCCAGCUAUCGCUUCCUCUGCCCAAGAACCAUUGAUCCGCUUCCUCUGCCCCUGGUAACCAGAGACUCAGACCCCUCCACCAACUGAAACCCCAAAAGAUGCAGAAACCGAAUGAAGAACAGGACAUUGAUGGGAGCCGCAAAUGCUUGGGAAACUUCUCCGAUGAGAUUCUUGUACACAUCCUUUCCUUUCUUCCAACAACAGAUGCCGUUCGGACAAGCGUACUCUCUAGAAAGUGGGAAUACCUUUGGACUUCUAUUCCUAAUCUGGAUUUUGCGAGUAGCCCUGCAAAUAGAAGUCUUUUGAUGAAUUUUGUGGAAAGGGCGCUUUGUCUUCGUGAUUCAUCCAUGAAACGAUUCUCUCUCUCUUGUGAUGGGCUUGUUGAUGCUUCUCGCGUUCAUUCGUGGGUCACUACGGCCAUCAAGAGGUGUGAUGUUCAGGAGUUGCAUAUUAAGCUUAGAGAAGUUGAGGGCUUUGUUGGACUUCCUUAUUGCUUGUUUACUUGUAAGUCACUCAAAAGCUUGUCCCUUGAUAUGUUAUAUGUCAAGCUUCCGAAUAUAAUUUGUUUCUCAUGUCUAAAGAUUUUGAGCAUACAAAGGGUUACAUUUUCGAAUGAGUCCUUGACCCAGAAGCUUUUUGAUGGUCUGCCAGUUCUUGAGGAGCUGAAAUUAGAAAAUUGCAGCUGGGGGGAUCUCAAGUUUGUGUCUAUUUCUGCUCCCAAGCUACAUUCACUGCGCAUAUUUGAAAACGAUAUGCCAGAACACGAGAUGCAAGAACAAUAUUUUUGGACUUCUAAUGAUUUUUGUUUGGUUGGGAUUGUUGGACAUAGCCUGAAGGAAUUUUAUUACAUCGGUAAUAUGAUAAACGAAUAUUUGUUGGAUGAGUCAUUCUCACUGGAAAAGGCCGAGGUUGUUACUCAAUUUGAAGAUGGUUGUGAACAACUUGCUUUUCGUAUACUUAAACUUCUUACAGGGCUCUCCAACGUAGAACAACUAAAGCUUAGCGAUUGCUUGAUUUUGAUGCUGUUGAAUGCAGAAGGAUGCCACCCUCAUAUGCUUCUGUUCGAUGACCUGAUGUUCAAUAACCUGAUGGAUUUGAUAAUUGUUGAAAAUAUUUAUCUUAACUAUCCGUCACUAGUGAAGAUAUUGCAAAAAGCUCCUUGCCUUGGGACUCUUCAUUUUUCUGGGGGGGUUACUAUACUGUGUGAUGGGGAAUCUAUCGAUCAGAUAUGGGACCCAGUGCCUCCAUCUUUCUUGUCCCAUCUCAAGUGGAUUAAAGUAAGUAAUUAUAAUGAAGAAGAUGAGGACGAGCUUUCUGCGGUGAAGUUUUUGCUCAAGAAUGCAGUUGUCUUGGAUGAAAUAAUUAUUAGUUUUAAAAAGUAUUCUGAAGUGAAUUUAGAAACGGAAUCGAAGGUUGCUAAACAGUUGUCAGAGCUUCCUAGAGGAUCACAAAAUUGUAAAAUUAUUUUGGAAUGAGCUUUUCUUGAGCAAGCAAUCUAGAAAAAAGCUAUUAAAUUUCUGCUAAGGUGGGAAAUUCGUGCUAGAAUUAUGGCAAAGGGUAGAUUUAAGAAGACAAAUGAGAAUUUGGUGCUGCGUCAAAUUUGGAAUCUGUUUGUAAAGCUCUUUGAUUGAAGCUGCUGGAGUUUGUUUCUUAUGAGUUGAUUUUUGCUUGGUCUGGUUUUUGUGUUAGUUGUAAAGUGUUUCUGUAAAUUUUGCUACUUUUUUGGUAGGGGUGUUUGUUCCUACUACCGUUGGGUAAUUGGUGUUCCGGUCUUUUACUGGAGGGAUAGUUUUGAGUGUGUGAGUUGUUUUUUCUCCUUUCGAACACAAAAACCAUGUUCAAGUUUUCAAAAACAAGAAAAAAUUGAGAUCGAAUUGAUUCGACAGUAUGACAUGUUUGGUAUAAAUAUGAUACUUACAAAACCCCAUCCCAUUUUGGUGAA